AUGGCGGACGCGCGCGCGCGGGCGUCGAAAGAGAUGCGCCGACGCGCGCCCGAGGACGCGCGCGAUCGCUCGCCGAGCGGGAAGCGCGCGCGGGACGAGGGCGCGUCGGCGCUCGCGCGAUUUGAGUACGAGGGCGCGAUGCGCAUGCUCGAUGAUGAUUUCCGAGGCGGCGUCCUCGCCACGUGCGCGUUCGCGCGGGAGAAGACGGCGUACGGUGACGUGGCGCGGAUGAUGGACGCGCGCGCCGGGGGGGGGGAGAGCGCGCGGUGGCGACCGGUGAAGAUGGCGGCGCGAGGGGCGGUGUUGGCGGCGGCGCUGGGCGGCGGCGCGGCGGACCCGGCGGCGCGCGCGAGCGAGGCGGUGCGCGACGCGCGUCGAGGGGCGAAUCAUGGGUCGAAAGUGGUUGAAAAGAUGUACCCGAUCGAUGCCGCGUUCGAGGCGGGAGAUGGGGCGGGGUUGGAGCGGGCGUGCGCGGAGGUCGUCGGGCGGUUUCGGAGGAGACGCGCGGCGGCGGCGGGCGCGGCGACGCGACUGGCGGUGACGUAUAGACGAUUGGAUAACGUCUUGGGAGAGAGCACGAAGGGGGAGAAAGGUGCGGGCGCGUCGGAGGACGCGGUGUACGGACGGAAGAGGAUCACGCCGAGCGUGGCGAGCGCGAUAGAGCGCGCGUUUAAGAGGGUCGAUCCCGACGUCGACGUAACCGUCGAUUUGAAGGAUCCCACGUUCGUCGUCUUCGUGCAGGUCUUCUCCACGCGCUCGAGGGAUGAUGACGACGCGAGGAAAUACGUCGUCGGCGUCGGCGCUUACGCGAAGGAAGACGAGGCGUUCGAGGUGCGAUCGCGCGGAAUCUUUCCCGUGUCGGUGAAGGCUCUGACGCCGAAAGAGCCGCCAAAGUGGAUGAUAAAGAAAGGCCUCGUCGAGGCGCCGAAGACGACGAGCGCGACCGAUGGCGAAAAAUAG